AUGCUCACCGACGGUGUGGUAGAUUACACCAAGGAAGGUUCGAUUUUAACUGCCGAGCAACGUCAGUUUUACGAGAAAAAUGGAUACUUGUUGAUUCGAAACUGUGUACCACAGUAUGAAUUGAACAGAUUCAGACAGAGAUUUCAGGACAUCUGCGAGAAAAAGGUCAAGGCUCCUGAUAAUAUGACAGUGAUGAAGGACAUCUCGAUUGCCAAGUCUGAAUUCAAGGAUGGAGAAAAAGCAAUCACAAAGAUUCAAGACUUUGCUGAUGACCCAGUUCUCUUCGAGUACUGUAAGUAUCCAGGAGUAGUGGAUGUGGUGAAGGAUUUGAUUGGAAAUCCAAAAUCAACUGUUAUGGCAAUGCACACCAUGCUCAUCAAUAAACCUCCAGACAAUGGAAAACUAACCUCUCGCCACCCAAUGCACCAAGACCUUCAAUAUUUCCCAUUCCGUCCAGCUGACUUCAUUUGCUGUGCAUGGACUGCAAUGGAGAAGAUCAAUAGAGCUAAUGGGUGCCUGGUAGUUGUUCCAGGAACUCAUAAGGGUGUUCUUCUGCCUCAUGAGUAUCCAAAGUGGGAGGGUGGUGUCAACAAAGCGUACCAUGGAAUUCAAGACUAUGAUCCUUCGAAUCCACGUAUUCAUGUGGAAAUGGAAGCAGGAGAUACAGUAUUCUUCCAUCCAAUUCUUAUCCAUGGAUCCGGAGCCAAUAGAACCGAAGGAUUCCGCAAAGCCAUUUCUUGUCAUUACGCCAACGAUGACAUCUGUCGUUACGUGAAUGUGGAGGGCACAACUCAAGAGAAUUUGGCGGAGGAGAUCAUUGAAAUCGCCAAGAAGAGAUUGACCAAGUAUGGGUUGGACCCAAAUACCGUAACACUGGAUUUCGCUGACAUUUGGAGAGUUCGUGCUAGAGAGGUUAAUGGCACUAGAUCCAAUUUGUAG